UUUCGGCAAUUUGCAAUCCUUUCUCACACGUAUCUCCGCCUUUCCCUCUUAUUUAAACACUAACCGCUCUUUACACUUCACCUUUUCUUCAACUCAUCUCACACUCGCCGGAAUAUCUCCUUCCUCCGCCGGAAUAUCUCUCUCCUAGGGUUCCUCCCAAAUUUCCGGUUGAUUUUGAUAUGCCGAAUUUAGUGAGAGAGAAUCUGUUCAUCGGAAACAUUAGCGAUGCCGCGGAGGUUCUUGAGAAAGGAAGCUCUGAAAUCACUCAUGUAUUAUCGGUGUUGAGUUCGUCGUCGAUUUCGUUUUUUACGGAAUGGCAUAGCUCUCUUGACAUUCCGGCGAAGGAAAUACGGAGAGUUUUCGCCGGAGAUGCUGAGUAUGUGGACGGUUCGAAGAGUGCGCUUUUGCCAACAAAGGAGGUUUAUAAUAUGGAGUAUGCUGGCAAGGAUUUGAAGAUGGUGAGGAUGGCAGUACCACUUAAAGAUACUGAGGAUGAGAAUUUAUUGGAUUAUUUGGAGGUUUGUUUGGAUUUUAUUGAGGAAGGCAGGAAAAAGGGGGCUGUUUUGGUGCAUUGUUUUGCUGGUGUGUCAAGGAGUGCAUCAAUUAUCACAGCGUAUUUGAUGAGAUCUGAACAACUAUCUCAGGAAGCUGCACUUGAAUCCUUACGGCAAAGCUGUGAGUUUGUUUCACCAAAUGAUAAUUUUCUAGAACAGUUGAAAAUGUUUGAGGAGAUGGGUUUCAAGGUUGAUCACGGUAACACCAAAUAUAAACGUUUUCGUUUGAGAAUACUUGGUGAUUCAUAUAAUCGUGGACAUAAAAUCGACAGUUCGAAGUUUGGAGCGGAUCCUGGCUUGCCACAAGAAGUUGAGUCUUCUAGCCCAGAAGCACAGCCAGAUGUUAAGAAAAAUUCAAAUGUCGCAUAUCGUUGUAAGAAAUGCCGGAGAGUUGUUGCUUUGCAAGAGAAUACUGUGGAUCACGUUCCAGGUGAAGGCAUGACAGCUUUUCAGUGGCACAAAAGGAGAAACGGAAGCACCUUUGACAAACCUGAUGAUUUUGGAUGCUCCUCGCUUUUUGUUGAGCCAUUAAAGUGGAUGAAAGCAGUUGAAGAAGGGGCAAUUGAGGGGAAGCUGUUAUGUGUUCAUUGUGAUGCUCGGUUAGGCUAUUUCAAUUGGUCAGGGAUCCAGUGCAAUUGUGGGAGUUGGAUUACCCCGGCAUUCCAACUUCACAAGAGUCGGAUCGAUCUCAGCACCAUCUAGUUCCUCAAAAGUGGCAAUGGGGUUACAAGAUCAUCAAAUUUAUCCUUCAUUUUGGAUCCAAAAAUAAAGCGUUACCUUGCACCACAGAAUCUAGAAGCCUGGAGAAUCCUCUACGGAACCGCAAGUUUUAUUUUGCGUCUUAAUCUUAUUACUUGGUAGUCUACUGCAUGAAAAUAUUUGCAACUUUUUUAUCACAGAUUUUUAGUACGGGAAUCUUUAUCUUUCUUUUAUACUUGGUAAUUUUGUAUUAAUUAACGAUGAUGAUGAUGAUGAUGAUGAUGAAAAGUUUGGCUA